UGUUUAUUCUCGAAAAAUUUUCGCUUUUUUUUGUUUUUUUUUGUUUAUUGACAUGUUGACAGUGGGUACACGAAGAAAUAGAAAGAAUGCAGUGAAUAUUGCUGAAUUCUUAGACAAUGACUAUCAUAAACAAGACACAAAAGGGAAACCAGGAAGACCCUCAAAAGGAGGACAAGCUGUACGAUCAAAACGAUAUUACAUAAACAAUCAUAUGGUUGUCCUACAGAAAAGAAAGUUAAAGAGAUAUCAUGACAAAGUAAAGAAACUCUUGUCAGAACAUGACUAUGAUUCAAUUGCCAUUAUGAAUGAAUUUGUCAAGAAACUCAAGCGACAUGUCAAACAAAAUUGGGAAGGAAUUAACAAUGACUUUGUAUUUUAUUAUAUUAUAGACCAAUUUAGAGAAGACAGGUACCUUCAUUUUAUGAAUGAACAAGCAAAACACCAUUUAGACACACUAUCUCAAGAGACAACAGAAGAACACAUCAAGGCUAUUCGUGACACAUUGGCUCAGAAUCAUUUACCACUUGUAUUUAGACUCUCUACCUUAUUUUCAGCCUUUUUAUUACUCCAAUGCUGUGAACCUCAGUCGAUUGAAACCCAUUAUAAACUUUCGUACGCACAUAUAAAAUAAGCUCGUGCAUAUUCACGCCAAGACGUUUGCCCCGUCUAGUGUAUUUCCAUUUAUAGUCCAUUCAUUACGGAGAUUGUAAUUGACAAGCUUUAUAUAUAUAUAUAUAAAG